AUAUAAACACAUAAAAAUUCUGCAAGUCGCGUAUAAAAGUUGUACAAAUUUGGCGAAUAUCGUAUCAAAAGUGGAGGAGAAAAUAACACGCGGUCAAAUAUGACGAUCUACUUAAAUUCAACUUUGACAUUUCCGCCUCGACAUGAAUGAUAAUCCGGGCAUCGUGUGCUUCCGUCAUUGCCCAAAGAAGAAUGUCCAAGGAAAAACAUCUAAAAUUGAUCAGAUCUUUAUACAAUGCAACUUUUAUGUAGCGAAAAUUAGAAUACGGAUAAAAAGCAACCAGCAAGAAAAAAUGAUUUCUACAAAAAUUAAAACACCUUUAUUUAACGCAUGUUCCAAACAGAAGCGAUUACGAUUAUUGAGAAGACUAAUCACAAACGAUAGUGGAAAGAAAUUUGAUGUGAUCGUAGUUGGUGGUGGUCAUGCUGGAACUGAAGCAUCUGCCGCUGCUGUCAGAAUGGGUGCAAAGACAUUAUUAGUCACUCAGAAAAAAAAUACUAUAGGAGAAAUGUCAUGCAAUCCGUCUUUCGGUGGAAUCGGAAAAGGCCAUUUGAUGAGAGAGGUGGAUGCUUUAGAUGGAGUAUGUUGUCGAAUAUGUGAUAUUUCAGGAAUACACUACAAAGUUUUAAACAAAUGUAAAGGACCGGCGGUGUGGGGUCUCAGAGCUCAAAUCGACAGAACACUAUAUAAGAAACAUCUUCAGGCGGAACUUUUCAAUAUGCAUGGUUUACACAUCUAUGAAUCCUCUGUGGAAGAUUUAAUUUUAGCCAAUAAUCCUUUGUCCUGCUGUGGAGUAAUUCUCAGAGAUGGAACAAAAAUAUUUGGUGACGCAGUAGUUAUAACUACAGGAACUUUUUUAAAAGGCCAAAUAAAUAUUGGAUUGGAGAAGAGACCUGCGGGUAGAUUAAAUGAUGAGCCCAGUAUUGGUUUAGCAAAUACACUUGAUAGGCUUGGAUUUCAGAUAGGAAGAUUGAAAACUGGGACACCGCCAAGGUUGGAGAAAGAUAGCAUUGAUUUUACCAAGUGUAUAAAAUAUCUGCCGGAUGAUUCUUCGAUGCCGUUCUCAUUUAUGAGUGAUAAUGUGUGGUUACCGCCCGAGAAACAAAUACCAACAUACCUGACAUAUACAAAUGAGGGUGUCGCGAAAAUUAUAAAGGACAAUAUGCACUGUAAUUUACACGUUACGGAGGAGAUAACCGGUCCACGAUAUUGCCCGAGCAUAGAGAGUAAGAUUUUGCGAUUCCAAACGCCUAGACAUCAAAUUUGGCUGGAGCCAGAAGGUCUGGACUCGCCGUUAAUUUAUCCAAGUGGAUUGUCGUGUACCUUGCCAGAAGAGAAACAAGUGGAACUCGUUAAUUGUAUUCCAGGAUUAGAAAAUGCUCGUCUAGCGAAACCCGGUUAUGGUGUCGAGUACGAUUAUGUAGAUCCUAGAGAAUUGACUUCCCAGUUGGAGACUAGAAAGAUUUCGGGCCUAUUUUUUGCUGGACAAAUAAACGGCACCACCGGUUAUGAAGAGGCUGCCGCACAAGGUAUCGUCGCGGGUGUUAACGCAGCCGCUAAGGUAUUUAAGAAAUCACCGCUUCUGAUAAGCCGAACCGAGGGUUAUAUUGGCGUUCUCAUCGAUGAUCUAACAACAGAGGGUACCACGGAGCCAUAUAGAAUGUUCACUAGCAGAUCGGAAUUUCGAUUGAGUCUACGUCCUGAUAACGCCGACCAGAGAUUAACAGAAAAAGGCUAUGCAGUGGGCUGCGUUUCUCGCAAAAGGCUCGACAAGACGAUAGAAACUCUUAGCAAAAUACAAGAAGCUAUAGAAAUACUUAAGAACGAAAUUCGAUUAAGUUUCAAGUGGCGGGAAUUAUUAAAGCUUAAGAGCGCUAAAACUAAUAAAAGUAAGUCGGCCUUUGAGAUGCUUUCAAUAACGGAGAAGAAAAUUACAUUUGAACAAUUGGCGAACUGCUUACCGAAUUUGCUAGGCCACUUGGCUAGAGAUCCCACUCUGGCAGAAAGAAUAGAGAUAGAAGCAAAAUAUGCUCAUGUAGUUGCAGAUCAGCAGGAUCAAGUAGAAGAUAUCAGGAGGAACGAGCAACUGAUUAUACCUGAUGAUAUUAAUUAUAAUAGUUCUGAAUUAAAUUUAUCCAUUGAAGAUAGAGAGAAACUCACAAAGAAUCUCCCAAGCACGAUUGCUGCAGCGAAUAAAAUCUCAGGUGUGACACCUUCAGCUAUAUUAAGGCUACUUUAUUACAUUAAAUAUCACCCCAAUAAGGCUGUUGCAAAACCCUUAAAAGUUUCCCGCUCAUUCUAAACAAGAAUCUGUCACACGCAUGCGUACAUAUCAAAAUCAUGGAUGCGUUCGAAAAUUCUAUCAGUAGGGUACAAUUUAAUUGACCAAUCAGAACAAAAGGACCACAGAUUUUUAGAUGAGAUUUUUGAACGCAUUUUGAGAUGCUUGAAUAGAAGGAAGCUUGUUUCCGCUUUCCGUUUGCAUUGAUAUCCUAUUUUCUGGGCGUCGUUCAACGUGGAAACAUGUCGAUUGAUUUCUCCUGCACAAAAAGAAAGGAAGAACGCAAGAUGGUUAUUAUUUGUAGAGCACUUGGGAGCAUUAUUGUUAGUAAAAUGAAUAUUGAGACUGACUAUCAGUUGUCUGGACUUACAAUUGGAUUUACAAUUACAUGACACUUGUCAUGACUUGAAUGAGAUUGGUUUUUGAAUAGACAUUCUCUAUGAAAUUUGGCAUAAAGUUCUAUUUCAUGGAGAAAUAAAGUUCGCAGCUCAAAAUGCUCAAUAUCAAAUCUGAACAGG